AAUUCUUUCCCAGUGUACAUCUCAGUAGCCUGAUUAGAAACUGUUUACUUCAAAAUGUAUCGGACUGUUGUUUUACUGUGGGUUGUGUUCGCUGUCUGUGAGUCACACGUGGUACCCAACUUGAAACAGACCGGACCAUGCACUUGCCAAUCAGAUGCAGGAGUUGUCGAUUUGACCCCACUUGCUCUGAAUAACGGGACACCUGCAUUUAACCACCUCCACGAUCUUCUCGGGCGUGAUCGGUUCUCCUGGAACCCAUGUGUCCCGUUCACACAAGCUGCGUGCAAGGACGCGGCCGUCUGUCGGUACAGUGGCUCCCAGCCAGGGGUUGUUGUCGGCACCCAGCAGAGCGCCAGGUUCGUCUCCAACAAGGUGGAAGGCUUGUCCCUGGAAUACUCGCAAGGAGAAGUGGUCAUAUCAAUCAAGCUGAAGUGCAGCCAGGAAGCGAAACCGGAUGCUCUCUGGAUUACAGGACAGGUUUCCGGAAGUGGUCCAUAUGUUAUGACAUUAUUCAGUAGCCACGCUUGUGCCAGGCCAAGUAACCUUGGCGGCAAGACAACUGGACCAGCACCUGGUGGUGACAACACAACGACGUUUCCGCCGUUCCCGACGUUCCCGACACCUGGUGCUGUUACUAUAACAGCCAAGCCUACCAAUCUUCAGACUAUCACACUGCUGAUAUCUGUAGAAGUACUGGCUACAGUUUUUAUUCUAAUUGUUGCUGUGAUUGGCCUUGUGAUUCUCGUCAACCGGAAGUUACGUCAGAACCGGGCGUCUCCUCCUGCCUACGGCCAACUUGUGAUAGGCAACGAUGAUGAUGAUGAUGAUGCCUUCUUGCUAAAACUAUAGACGGCUCACUAUUUAUACACCAAAUACGAGGGCUCGUCAAAACGUUCUAAGCCUUACAAACAGACCAACAAUUGUGAAAGUGUUUUUAGUUUUCUUUUUCAACUUAAUCUCCCUGCUUUUAAAUACACUUCUCAUAUCAAAAGUGAAGCUUUUAGAUUCCAGUCAGGGAGAAGUUUUCUGACGCCACCCCGAAACACAGUGGAAUAGCUAGGGCACAUAUCCCCCCACUCUUGUGACAUGCGCCCAAGAAUGUCUUGGGGAUAGUCAGUUGGCCACCAGAGGAAAAGAGGCUUAGUUUAGAUUUUCGUUCCCACAUUUUCCUGUAUACCUUAAACCUUUUCUAUUGCAUAAAGGAGGUAUCUGUACACAAUUUCCAUUGG